CGUGGCGCCGCUCUCGUCCCCCGUCUCUGUCGCCGGCGCCGCUCUAUCCCGCUUCCGCCAGGGCGCCGGGCGGAAGCGCGCGGAGCGGCCAUGGCGGCCGUGGACAUCCGAGAUAAUCUCUUGGGAAUUUCCUGGGUUGACAGCUCCUGGAUUCCAAUAUUAAACAAUGGGAGUGUGUUGGACUAUUUCUCAGAGCGAAGCAACCCAUUCUAUGACCGAACGUGUAACAAUGAAGUCGUCAAAAUGCAGCGGAUGACCUUGGACCAUCUGAACCAGAUGGUUGGGGUGGAGUACAUCCUUCUUCAUGCUCAAGAGCCCAUUCUCUUCAUUAUCAGGAAGCAGCAAAGGCAAUCUCCAACGCAAGUUAUUCCAUUGGCUGACUACUAUAUUAUUGCUGGAGUGAUUUAUCAGGCACCGGACUUAGGGUCUGUCAUUAACUCCAGAGUUCUCACUGCAGUGCAUGGAAUUCAGUCUGCGUUUGAAGAAGCUAUGUCCUACUGUCGCUAUCACCCAUCCAAAGGCUACUGGUGGCAUUUCAAAGAUCAAGAAGAACGAGAGAAAGCUAAACCAAAAGCCAAGAAGAAAGAAGAACCAAGUUCUAUUUUCCAAAGGCAACGGGUAGAUGCUUUGCUUUUAGACCUAAGACAAAAGUUUCCACCCAGAUUUGUUCAGCAAAAGCCUGGAGAAAAGCCUAUCCCAGUGGAUCAAAUCAAGAAGGAACCAGAACCAGCCCCUGAAGCUGUCAAGCCAGAGGAAAAAGAGACUGUAAAGAAUGCUCAGCAGAGUGCUGGUGCUAAAGGACCACCUGAAAAACGGAUGAGACUCCAGUGAUGGGAGAAGUUGUUACACAUCUGGAUUAGUCAGUACCUGGAAAACAGGAGAUUCUUAGUCUCCUUUCUUUAUAUUUAAGAUCUUCCACUGAGACUGACAAUGCAGGGACUGAAGUAGUCACCAGACCAGCUUUUUCUGUAGAAACCUGUCACGCAAAUGUUAAUGUCAAGAUGUGAGCUGCCUCAAAGAAGGUGUUUUCAGUCUUCUUGUUUUGAAUGUUGGCUUCUGAGAAUGGCUUUUACAUGGACAUAUUUUGCAGCCUCCUGAAAUCUUUACAAACUCUUGCAUCCCUUGUGUCUUGGUUUUCUACAUAAAAAAAAAAAAAACAACUUUUCUAUAAAAAAAAAAACCUGAAUUCUUGGCAAAUAAAAAACUCAUGGCUGCUGGAAUGCCUUUCUUAAAUGCUUACUUUGUUAGCAGCAAAUAUGCUGUAUGUGCUGGCAGCAUUUUUUUUGCUUGGAUAUUGGAAUAUACUGUGUGCUAUUUUGAGAAAGAAAAGUUCAACUAAAGGAUUUAGGCUGCCUGCUAUAAAUUCCUGUGCCUUCAGUAUGCUUGGGAUACAGAUAAAAGAUUUGAUAACUGGAGGCUCAAAUCCAUGUAAUUAGAUAUCAGACUGCUCUCAGUCUCCAAAUGUUCUUGGGCACUUAUUUUAUUUAAUGGUUAAGCUGGUCUUUCAUAAUAAAAAAGCUGGUGUUCUGUGAGAGAUUUAUGACAACAUAAAACAGGCCAGAAUGUUUUGCUAUUGCAUACUCGGUGAAGCUGUUUAUAUUUCUUCUUUUUUCACUGUAACUCAAAUAUAUCAAUUACAUCUCUUUUUCAGUGCUUCUAGCACUUUCUUGCUGCAUCUGAUCACCUUGUUUAGUCGUCGGCCUUCUAGACUUGAGGAGGCAGGGCAGUGGAAGAGAAACAUCACUGACAGCUAUACACUCUGCUAUUUAAGCAUGUUGCCUACACAAACAAUUUUUUUUUUUUUUCCAAAAAAUUAGAAGUCAUCCAUUGCAAAGAAAUUACUAUUUAUUUGGGUUUGUUUUUUCACUGAAAUAAUGGAGCAAUCCUUGAAAUAGCUUGUUUUCUUUUCAUGACUUACCUGCUUUCUUUUCUUACCACAGUAAGCAAGAAAAAGGUCUGUACAUAGCAAACAAAAUGUAAAUAGGAAGGAAGGCUAAGAUGUGCUUAGAUAGCUGCGUCAAAUUUAUUUUGAGGUUAUAAGAGACUAUUUAUGUUUCAGUAACUAAUAAACAGCUCUGACUAGGUAGCUAUGGAAUGAUGCAAAGACCUAUGUAAUUUUUGUCUUGUAAUCCAAAGUUACAACUUUAGAGAGGUAGAUACAGACGUAAAAUUCAUAUAUUGCUGUACUUAAGGGUCAUGUUUGAACAGCUAUUUCUCCAGAUGUUGAUAGAAGUAGGUAAUAAGCUAAUGUGAACUCUUAUAUCAAGUGAAGAUACAGAAAGCAGUUAUUCUGGGAUACUCAAAACAAGACAGAGCUAAUUAUUCAGAAUUGAAUAAUUACAAGGUAGUGUGAAUACACUUAGAACAAAAGGGUGUUGAUUCUUUCUUGUAUUAAAUUCCUCUGAAAGCAAGGAGCUCAAGAAGCACCAAAGCCAUCAUCUUACCCAUCCCAUGAUGGAAAGGGGGAUCUCCAGAAAUGAGACAUGAGUGAUGAGGAACCUCAAGAGUCCUUGCUGGAUUUUUGAUGUCCAGAAUAAAGUCCUUGAAAAUGGCCAUUAAAGGAGCUGAAUUUCUCUAUA